AAAUAGAAAAUGUCCUCCUCCAAUCCUGCCAGUUGAAACAUCAAUCUUCUCACAUCACCAGAUAAUAUCUGAGUUCCCAACUCACAGGUUCUACUGCUUUACUCUUUACUCGUUACUAUUCUCCAAACCAAGAAGAAAAUCCUAAGCUCUGAAAUAACAACAAUGGCGGCAGUUGUGCAGGAUGUUCUACCCCCUACUCUUGAUUCUACUUCCGAGCCACCCACUCUCUUUGAUGGAACAACGAGGUUAUACAUAUCUUACAUAUGCCCAUUUGCUCAGCGUACUUGGAUUGCGCGGAAUUAUAAGGGUUUGCAGGAAAAGAUUAAGUUGGUUCCUAUUGAUCUGCAGAACAGGCCUGCCUGGUACAAGGAGAAAGUAUAUUCUGCAAACAAGGUUCCCUCCCUGGAGCACAACAAUGAGAUCAGAGGGGAGAGUCUUGAUUUGGUUAAAUACAUUGAUAGCCACUUUGAGGGGCCUUCCCUUCUCCCUGAUGAUCCUGCAAAGAAAGAGUUUGCAGAGCAGUUGUUAUCCUACUCUGACACCUUUGUUGGAACCGUCUUUUCUUCAUUUAAAGGAGACCUUAAUGCUGAUGUUGGUGCUGUUUUUGAUUACCUGGAAACGGCUCUCUCCAAAUUUGAUGAUGGUCCUUUCUUCCUUGGCCAACAAUUCAGUGUGGUGGAUAUAGCCUAUGCACCAUUUAUUGAAAGAUUUCAACCAUUAUUAUUGGAGAUAAAGAAUUAUGACAUCACCACCGGAAGGCCAAAGCUAGCUACAUGGAUUGAGGAAGUGAACAAGAUCGAGGCCUACAAGCAAACUAAACGUGAUCCAGAGGAGGUACUUGGAGUCCUAAAAAAAAAGAUCUUAGGUCAUUGAGCAUACCUGGUUUAAAGUCUCCCUUGUCUCCCUGGGAUCUUCUGAGCUAUGGGGGUCAUGUACCUAGUAUAAGAGAAUGAAGUGAAUAAACGAAAUGUUUGCAUGAGAAGAAUAAAAACAUACAAGUACUUGGGAUCUUCACCUCUAUGUGGGUCAUGUAUUUCGUAUAUGGAAAUGAAGAGAAUAAAUAGAGUGUUUGUAUGAGAAUAGAGUAUAUAAAUAGAAUGUAACUUUGCUUAAAGAGUGGUGAAAAAUCCAGAAUGUAAUGUGGAAACAUAUCAUCUCUACCUAAAUAGAAGCAUUAGUAUGUUACAUGUUGGUUUUUA